AGUCUCCAGCUCCUGUCAUCAUAGAAACACGUGCUCUCCCUACCUUCUAAAAUUCUUGCUUCGGGAUAAGGUGGUUACUUCGAUAAACCUAUUUGGAAACAACCAAUAAGUUAAUCAGCAAUCUUUAAAAACUGAUCAAUGAGAACUUAUUUACGACAAAAAGUAUGAGUGCAGAUCAAAAUGAUAUUCAAAAUGACGCAGUUAGUCUCUAAUUUUAAUCACAAAUUUUGAUUACUGUUUAAGUCUGUUUUUUUCAAUUGUAUUAAAGAAAUGCAAAAUGAAUAAAAUUCUUUGAAAUUUAGGUAAAACAAGCAUUAUUAUAAUUUAUUAAGCUUGUCAAUCGUAAAUCAAAGAAUGCUGAUGGUUUUUAUUUAUAAAAUAAUUAAAUGUUAACUACCAUUUUCCGUAAGGAGGGGAAAUCAGACAUUUUUGUCGAACUAAUAUACGGAACAUAAUAGAGAUCUAAAUAAUAGCUUUUGCAAUUUUUUCGUAGUAUUUUUAUCUCAUUAAAAUAUUAAAGCUAGGUUUAAAAAUCACUGCUAUUUUAUUGUAGGUAGAAAUAUAAAAAAAUGCAAUGAAGCAUUUAGGUAGUCUUAACUUUAAAUGGUGAAAAUAACAAAAACAAAUGUGCCUCGUUAACUAGGUACCUAUAUAAAUAUAUAACUUUUUCAACUCAAAUUUCAUAAAUAAAUUAUUUGUAUUAGUCUUUAUUUUUAAAGGUAAACUAUCUAGGCAAAUGUGCAUCAAAUGUGAUAAAUGCAAUUAUUUGUAUUAGUUUUUAUUAAAAAAAAACUAUCUAGGCAAAUGCACUAAAAAACUAUCUAAGCAAAUCAAGGCGUAAAUACAAUUGUUUGUAUUUGUCUUUAAGUUCAAGGAAGGUAGACUAUCUACUCAAAUGAGCAUCGACUGUCAUAAAUAAAAUUGUUUGUAUUAGUCUUUAAAUUUAAAGAAGGUAGACUAUCUAGGCAAAUGUACAUCAACUGUCAUAAAUAAAAUUGUUUGUAUCAGUCUUUAAAGUCAAAGAAAGACUAUCCAGGCAAAUAUGCAUCAUAACUUAAACAAAACAUGGUCACCUUCACAUGCAUAUUUGUUACCCUCACCUUAAUCCUAACAACACUCGCAACUUCCUUCUUGAUUCUAAGCCUGUUAUCGACACAGUGGGAAUUCAUCAGUUACAGAGAAGAUCGAGUGGAAGAACUGGCUGCUCACAAUAAUCACACUCUCCAGUGGCUUCCUGGCCAGGUAGCCCGAAUCGAAGCAAUGGAGGAUGUAGUUGUAUCUUCGAACCUCACCAAGCCCACAAAGACAAUAUUUUAUUUAGUUCCUGCCUAUGGGGGAGUUAAUAAAUUAUGCACAGAUGUUCCAUCAAAUAUAGUUCGUAAUCAAAUGAAGGAAGAUGGCCAAGAAGUCGAUUACUGCAUUUCCUAUCUUUCCAAUGAAAAGAUUAUAUCCAGAGAUUCUUGGCUAGAUCGUAUGCGGAAUUUAGCAAUGUCAUGUGCCAUAGUGUGCCUCAUUCUUCUGGGUUGUUCUGGACCACUCGGACUUUUAGGCCUGUAUAAGAAACAAAUCAGUACAAUCAUGGUUACAGGAGUUAUGUACAGUCUGGCAGCUGUAUUUGGAACUUUCAACCUGGUAUUCAUGCGAUUCAAGAGAGUAAAACCUGACGGAUUUUACACAAGCACGAUGCUUGAUGUUGGUAUUCCGGAGGAAUACAUGAGAGUUAGAAUAUUUGUAGUAGGAUGGCCUCUCUCAAUAGAAUGGGCAGGACUUAUCCUUUGCAUAAUAUCAAGCUUGUUUUGGCUUCUCUUGGCGAAAAUAUUUCGAUUUCUUGUAUUAAGUCCUUCUUAAGUGAAUAAAUAUUGUGCAUCAA